CCUCCCGAGCGGCAGGCGGCGCUGUGACUCAGUGCGAACACAGACGAGCAGCGGCAGGAAACGCACGUGUUUAGAUCGGUGUGCCGAGUGAUGUUCCAGAGGCAGAUCCUGCACUUCCUGCGGCCCGUCUGCAGAUGUGCAUCACUUCCUGUCACGUCCCGCCCCUGCAGCUCCAAACCGUCCAAUCACGACCCUCCUCUAGAGAACGAGUCUCUCCUGGAGAACCUCUCGGUUAUGGGCGUGGACCUCGCCUCGGCCCGCAAGCGGCAGCCGGGUGUCUUGAGGAAGCUCCUGACUAACGAACAAGGCCUGGCGCUCUUCCUGAAGAGCAAAGGCGCGGAUCAAGAGACGAUCGCUAGCAUCAUCUCGCGCUUCCCGCGCUCCAUCACCCGCUCCUGCGAGCACCUGGAGGAGCGCUGGAGGCUCUGGAGGAACGUCUUCAAGAGCGACGCCGAGGUGGUGGGGAUCCUCUCGCGCUCGCCCGAGUCCUUCUUCCGUUCCAGCGACAACAAGAACCUGGAGGAGAACAUCGCCUUCCUGAUGACGCUGGGAAUCACCGGCAAAGACCUGCACCGGCUGCUGACCACCGCGCCGCGGACCUUCUCCAACAGCGUGGCGCUCAACAGGAACAUGGUGGAAACAUAA